AUGGCGAAUGAAAAUAAUGUGUGUGUUUCGAAGACUCUUGAGGAAGACCAAACGAAAGGCACCGUGUGCAAGUUAUGCUUAAAACAGUUUUCACGUUAUACAUGUCCUCGAUGUAACAUACCGUACUGCUCCGUCAGCUGCUAUAAAAGUGAGGUCUUUCUGUUUACUAACUUAUACACUGUUUUGAAAGUUACAUUCAACAUAAUCGGCAGCAGAAUAAUAGCAAUUCAAGGUUUAAAUUUAAAGCUCAUUCAUCAUGCUCAGAACAAUUUUAUAAAGAAUGUUUUGUUUCUGCACUCAAAGAGCAAAGAGGAAGAUAAGGACACUGAUGCAUUAUGGGAAAGGCUAACUGAAGUAGAAAAGAAGGAAUUUGAAACAUUGAUAAAAGAUGGCGGAGUAGAAGGUAUCGUUGAUGUAUGGACACCAUGGUGGAAUGCUCAGGAUAAACAUUUAAUAGAAGAAUUGAAAUUAGAAAACAACGCUGACUCACUACAAAAUGAUGCUUCAACUUCUGAACACGAAAUACCAAAUAUAGUUGAUAAAAUACCUAAAUUAACAGAUUUAUUGAAAAGUCAAAAACCUGCUGAUUCUGUGCAAUUCAACCUCUUAGAAGUACUUUUUAUUUAUGCAUAUGUUAUUAGGUUAUACAAUGGCUCGCAUUUUGAUCUACCAGUACAAACAAUGCAGGACAUUUUACAAGUUUCUGAUGUGCUUUCAAAAAACAAGAAUUACAGCAGCACUGAAGAAGCUGUCCACAAUGCAAUGAUAAGAAUUAAUCAGGAUAAAUCAUUACAAUGCACUCAGACAUUUACAACCUCUGUGCUAUUGGAUGUCAUCAAAAUACUCUGUGGUCGAAGUAAAAAAGAUCCUCUAGUAUACAUCCUGUCUGCGUUAUCUGAUCUAUAUGCUUUAUUAUCUAUGGCAAAGAGAAAAACGGGAAAAGAUGGAAGUGAUAAACCAACACCCGGGACAGGUCAUGCUAAAAGUAUGGGACCUUCUCUACAGAAAACCUUGCUGUUUCGCUCAAAAAAGAAAGUGAUGUUUUUCCUGUCCUGGUGUGUCUCUUACCGUGAAAUAUUGAAACCAUUAGCUUUGGAAUUACAUAUGGAGUACAUUUCACUAAAAACAGAGCAAGAAGAACAGUUGCAUACACAGCAGAAGAUUGAAAGUCAUUGGGGAGGCAAACAACCUCCAAAAAAAUGCAAUAAUCUGAUUCAAGAAAUUAUAUAGUUUCCACAAAUAUGUGUACUGAUAUAUACAAAUUAAAUAAAAACAUUUGCUAA